UUUUUUGUCCUGCCGCCAUCUUAAGGACUCUAGCGCCUUCAACUGGUUCGAGCACGUCUAUGGGUUUAAUUGGGAAAUGGCUAGCCAAACUCAUCUCACAGCAGAGGAAAAGCAGCGUUACGUGACUAAAACUACUAUAUUAGGAUUGGAUCCAUAUGUACUGCCAAAUGGCACACUAACCCUGCCUUUGUCCACGGAACAUUUGCCAAAUAUUUGUUUUGGUGACAUUUUCCUUUAUCUAGUACACAACCCGUCGCCAUACAGCAGGGAUUCUCUGAAGGCAUUCAAAAGCACUGAGGCAUACCUGUAUCAGGAUGGGUACACGACCCGCGGAUUUAUCAUCUGAACAUUAAGAAAAUGUUCAUAAUCAUAGGAAAGGUCAAGCAUUCUCAAAACCUUUCUGUGACCCUAACACAUCCCUGGAUCACAGUGCAAGAGGACGGUACAGUAGUCAUGGCUCAUUGCACCUGUAAGGCAGGAGAGGUCAGGCCUAGGAGAGGUCUGCUCUCAUGCAGCAGCUGUCCUCUACUCUGUGUUGGCUGCUGCUGAACAAAAAAAUGGGCAGGCUUGCACCGAGAAGCCCUGUGCUUGGGCUGACACAAGUAUGAAGGGGGUCCCAUAUGAAGAGAUUCGUAACAUCAGCUUCUCUCAUAAACAAGGGCCCCCCGUCAUGUGAAAGGAUCUAGUUUUCCUGAUAUCAGACCAUCAGAUGAAGUGAGCCAGGCAUUCAGUGAAAUGCAGGAGUCCAAACCAAAGAUCAUUGAUGGCCACUCACACAGGUACAUUCCGAAGACGAUGCAGCAGGACUUGCCAACGCCUCUUUCCGCGCUCUACUCAAACACCCGGCUGGAGAUGGACUUUCCCUUGCUGCUGGAUGAGAGUGCCAAGUGUUUGAUAGUUGAGGAGGAGACCAGGGAGCAAAGUAAAUCUAGAGUUUGGUUUGGUCAGAGGGCAGGAAGAGUGACAGCGUCAGUUUUCAGUGAGGCAGCCAGAGCAGACACACCUGCAUCCUUGAUCAAAAGAAUUUGCUAUCCUCAUGCAUCUCGUUUCUCCACUGAGGCAACAAGAAGGGGUCAAGAGAAUGAGGACAGAGCACGGGAAAGCUUUGUGGCUACGAUGAAAGACCACCAUGAAGACUUCCAGGUGAGGGCGUCAGGGUUUAUCAUCAACCCAGAACUCCCUUGGAUUGGAGCAUCCCCUGAUUGUAUGAUUGCCUGCACUUGCCAUGGAGACAGCGUUUUAGAAAUAAAAUGCCCCUUCAAAUCCAGGAACUGCUCCCUCAUGGAAAGCUGCAGGGAUUCUUCAUUUUGCCUUUGCUUAGGAGAAGAUGGGGUCAUGGCACUGAGACAAAACCACAAGUAUAUGUAUCAAGUGCAGGCCCAAAUGCACAUUGCAGAGGUGGGUUACUGUUACUUCAUGGUUUGGACGCCACAGGACAUUUUCAUUCAGCAAAUUCCAUAUGAUCCUGUCUUCUUCCAUGAUGCUUACGUCAAAGUUGAGAAUUUCAUCAAGGUUGGCGUGCUACCUGAGCUACUGGGGAAAUGGUAUACAGCACCACGCUUUACUCCCAGAGACACUGCAGUCACAAAUCAGCUACCUGAAGUGGGAUGCUACUGCAGUCAACCUGCAGCCACAGAUGACAUCAUUUGCACAUCUGGAAACUGUAGGCGAAAACAUUUUCACAAGAACUGCCUGAAGUUGACUAGCGUACCCAAGACAUGGCCAUGUGUGGCGGGCAGAACACAAGAACAACAGAUGGACAAGUGCUGCAUAGACCACAGCACACUCUGACCAUCUUGUCAAGAGGCGUAGGCUCUCCUGGACUUGCAGUCUGGCAAAGAGGAAUGGGUAUUGUGCUUUGGAAAAUGGUGUACUUGUUUCUAACAAGACCAAUCACCCGUUCAAUAUUCAAGUUCAUUUGGAUGCAGCUGUUGCUUCCCUUUAGUGAAGGCAGGUAUUUUGAGUUGUACAAUCCCACUGAAUCUGCUACUGUGAACCCUCGAUCUGCUAGGACCAAAUCAGCAGGUAAUAGAUUUUCCAGGUAUUUGCUAUUCUCUGUAAUAUGCCACUUC